ACAAGCUACCUACCAGCCACCCUCCACCCCACCUGCCCAUCACCUUUCCUACGGUGACCUGCAUGUCCUCCGAACCACCGCGUGCAGUGUGCUCUCAAAUAGUUAAAUAAAAAGUAUCAAACUUACCUACCUAGGUAGUCAAAGACAAUCACUCUAAACUCGGGAGGAGAAUGCCGCCACGGUGUUCGCAUCUUCAGGGCACGUUAACACCCUUCCUGUACCCCUUUCUUCUGUCUCAGACCUCUAAAUCAAAAUCAAUCUUCUUCCGACACAUUGUCAGGCGUACCCAAGGCCGCCAUGAAUCUACGACUCCUGUUCACCAGCUGCCCGAAGUAGGCUCACACCUCAAUCCUCCUCCCACCGACUAUUCUCGUACGAUAUUCACCGACCGUGCGACUGUGACAUUAUUUGCUGGUGGCGGUGGUCAUGGUUGUAUAUCAUUCCUCCGCGAGAAGUACAUCGAAGCAGGCCCUGCAAAUGGAGGCGAUGGGGGUACUGGAGGGAAUGUCUACAUCCAGGCAGUACGGGGCGAAACAUCACUACAUAAACUCGCGCGACGGAAUAUCUUGAAGGCUGGACGUGGGAAAAAUGGCCAAGGCAAAAGUCGAGGUGGAGAGCGAGGCGAUGAUAUUGUUGUACAAGUCCCAGUGGGCACUGUGGUCCGCGAAAUCGAGAGAGUUGACCCCGUAGCCAUUGAGGAGGAGAGACUGAAACUUGAAGCUGGAAAGGAAGAUGGCGUCGAUGGAAGCGGACCCUGGAAAUGGGAUCGAGAAAAGUGGUUACUCUACCCAGCGAUUACACCCGAGGACAUUGCAACAUCAGAGUUCCCUACGCUCCCUAGAGGAAGAAAGUCCGCUCUUAUGACGACUCAGGUAAAGGCACCUGUUUCGCUGGAUCUGAGCAAGCCCAUGGAGCGGCCUUUAUUGCUGGUUGCUGGUGCAAUGGGCGGGCUUGGCAACCCGCAUUUUUGUACCAAGACUGUGCCACGGCCGAAGUUUGCAACCAAAGGGGAGACCGGAACGAAGAUUGUUCUGGAGCUUGAAUUGAAGCUCCUUGCUGAUGUUGGACUUGUGGGACUCCCAAAUGCGGGGAAGAGUACUCUAUUAAGGGCUAUGAGUAAGAGUCGUGCCCGAGUUGGUGACUGGGCGUUCACCACUCUUCAGCCAAAUAUUGGCACCGUCGUAUUGGAUGACCACAGAGGUCGACCUUUGGCCACAGCCAGGUAUCAGGAUGGAGAGCCGAGAACGCACUUCUCUAUUGCCGACAUCCCCGGAUUAGUGGAAGAUGCGCACUUGGAUAAGGGACUGGGAAUCAGUUUCCUCAGACAUGUUGAGAGGGCUCGGAUAUUGGCAUUCGUGGUUGAUUUAAACAAGGGCGAUGGUAUAGCGGCACUCAAAGGGCUCUGGAAAGAGGUUGGCGAGUACGAACGCAUGAAGAUUGCAGAGGAGAAAGACAAAGCUGAUCCUAUUGUCCAAUGGAGUCCUUUCACCUCACCUGAGGAUGCUCUUGCUAAUCGCCAAGAAACAAUUGUGGUCAGCUAUGGGCCGACAUUUGAUAACCCCUUGGGACCUGAAUUGCCUAGCAUCGCUGGCAAGCCAUGGUUCGUGGUUGCUACGAAAGCAGAUUUUCCUGGUACGAAAGAGAAUUUCGAGAGUUUGAGGGCUUAUUUGGAAAAAGUCAAUGGAGGUGUGGAGGAGCAUCCUAGUGGGCAGAGGGAAUGCUGGGCUGGGAAGGUGGAGGCAAUCCCCGUCAGUGCUAUUAAUGGGCAUGGUGUGGACAAGAUUACGGAAUGGACGGUUGGCCUGCUGGAUAAUUAGAAGGACGAGCUAUAAGAUACGCUGCAAGAAGUGUAAAGUAUACGGACACAUCCUUGCCCCUAAAAAUAAAUUAAUAUUCAUCAGUGGGUGGUACGUGCGUCCCUUCCUGAUUGAAGUAUUCACUUGAGAAGUCUGUUCGUAUUGAUUUCAACACAAAUUGGUACUUCCAUGCUCCCUAAUCGCAUUGUCCUCUUCUCCUCGAAUUAUUUUCUGACUUGAUUCUUUGUCCCUCGCGCUGCACAAUAGCCGGCUCAUAUAUCCACUUCUUUCACGCGUCUUUCUCCCUUUUUGGCAUCUUCAAACAAACAUCACAGUUCUUCCUCACCUCACUCAACGGUCAAAGGUUGCUGUUUUGACAUGCUUGCUUUACAUGAUAAGCUCAGCCAGACAUCAAUGCAACUGGUCAAAGAGGACACUUCCUCGUGUUUACAGAAGAUGUAUCUUGUUGUUACGUAGCUGCAUAUUGUAUCUAUUGAUACGGAAAUGCUGACCCAUUAGCCUGCUUGUAUGUGGGAUAGGUCGAGUUUGUUUCGUUUCUCUUAUAAAAAGUGGCAAAAUCCGCAUUAUGGAGUCACGAAAACCUAAGACUUAGUCGGUCUUUCGUGGGCAUUAUGUUUGACUGAAAGUACCUCAAUAAAGUUUCAUCUGCGUUGGGCUGCUAAUUCAGAAGCUAUCCCGCGUAAACAAGAAUUGGCCAAUUAAGGCAAGGUGGUUAACUGCGGUAAGCUGUGGAUUUGUUAAAGUACUGCUUCAUGUAAAAUUUCUUAAUGCUGCACGAAUACUUAAACAGCAUUUCAAAAGACAGUCUGAAAGUGUAAGGUACUUUUUCUUAUUGAGUAUUAAGAAAUAAACUGUUUAUUCAACUGGUUGCAGUUUUCACGUGCCUUAAUCAGCAACUUUAUUUACGCUGAUAGAGGGUGACGAGUAGUGCUCGCAUAGGCCUGCUAAUGCUGUACGCAUAUAAAUUAGGGCUACCGAGGGUGCAACACGAAGGAGCAGUCGCCAGCAAGGUUCAGAUGAAAGUCAUGAGAGUUAUGUGUAAUCCGAAUUUCCAGCUUGCGAACUCGUGCUAAACAGUACUAGUUUUGGAACUCCCAAUCUUCUUCAAAGCGACAGUACUUGACAUCAGGGUUUCCCUUGAAUAUGUCAUCGUAUUUUUCGAUCGCCGUUUCCGGGCUCUCAGCCUGCUUGAAGUAGUCCGUACCUAAGCUUCGGAGAGUUGGGUUAUGCCACAUCGUUCUCAUCCAAGAAAGUGUUUUGGGAGAGGCAUGCAGAAGAGGCAGGUUGUAUGUUCUGAAUCGCUGUGACGUGAGUCAGUAAAUGCACUAGAGUGAGAUGGCAAUCAGAAAGACAAAGAAGUGUCAACUUUCCCAUAGAACUGGCCAGAAGAAUGCGUCCGCAAUCGAAAAACUGCCAAACAAAAACCCAUGAUCAUUCUCUCCAAGCACAUCAAGUCUCGCAAUAGUACUACCCCUAGCCUGGUCCCAUAAUGCGAGAAAGCGCUCGACUUCCUCUCUAGCCUGUUCCGAGACGGGAACUCUACCUUCGUACUUCGCCACAAAGUUUGUAUGAUAUGUAUUCCUGAUUUCUGCGAAACCAGAAUGCAUCUCGGCGACUGCGCUUCUCGCCAGAGCUCGAAGGUGUUGAUCUUUGGGCCAGAGGCCAAGCUCCGGGUACUUCUCAGCGAGAAAUUCGCAAAUGGACAGCGAGUCGUUAAUCUGGAGAUCAGAAGACAUUGAUAGAGGGGUCAGAAUUGGGACAAAGCCGCUUUUGGAGUGAUGUUUCACCUGAGGCAGAGUCAGCCACAUUGUUGUUUCAGGAAUAGCAGAUGACUUGUACAUCGACAAGCGGGAUGUAUGUUGCUUUGUAAGGAAUUCGAAAGUACUCGAGAACUGUUACAACCCGGGCUGUCCAGCCUGAUUUCCUUGAUUAGUCCUGGCUCGACGAUAUCAUGGCUAUGCUCACUAGAAUACCUGGUGUACGCGCCAAGAAGGUGGACUUCUGGCUCUCCAUCGAAAGGAAAGGUGACAGGCUCACUUCUCUCCAUGACUUCUUGUGCCCUUUCUUUUCAGGCUCCAAUGAAAGGAGUAUGUUGGAGGUCCUCAACAAAGAUACGCUGCUCGCUCUCAACCUUUGUAGAAACCGAAAUAUUGAUAAAGGCCACGAGAAGGGAUGGAAAGUAGGAGUCAACGAACCAGUGUUCACUCACGUAC